AUGCCGUUUCCGGAAUCAGAGACUUCGACCUUCCAUGUAUUCAACCACGAUCUCCAAACGCAACGACAAAGGCAACUGCAAAAGUAUACGAAGGAAACCGAAGUAGAGGAGUAUCCACCAGUAAGCAGACAAAACUCGAUCAUGUCACUGACUCUUGACGAGAUUCAGAUGAAAAGCGGCAAGAGCUUUGGAGCAAUGAAUAUGGACGAGUUCCUCGCUAACAUGUGGACGACUGUUGAGGAAAACGACAGCGGAGGAGCUGGAGCCAACCAGGACGGGAAGAAACCGACCAUACUGCCACGGCAAGGUUCGUUGUCAGUUCCCGUACCUAUGUGCAAGAAAACCGUCGAGGAAGUUUGGUUCGAUAUACAAAACGGUGUACAACAACCCCCACCACCGUCGUCAAUUCCCGGUCGAAACUCCGACGAAGAUAAUCGUCGGCAACAAACCCUCGGUGAGAUCACGCUCGAGGAUUUUCUUGUUAAGGCUGGGGUUGUUCAAGAACCAUUAAAGACAACGAUGAAGAUGUCGAGUUCUGAAUUCGGUUAUCAUCCGGAGUUCGGAGUCGGUUUACAUUGUCAAGCCCAAAACAGUUAUGGUGAUAACCGGACGGUUUACAAUGAAAAUCAGCCGUUUUACUCGGGCAUGGGAGAAUCCUCAAGCUGCAUGACCGGAAAUGGGAGGAGUGAUCAGUACUUAACCGGUUUAGAUGCAUUUCGGAUCCAGAAACGAAUAAUUGACGGUCCACCCGAAAUACUGCUGGAGCGGAGACAGCGACGGAUGAUUAAAAACCGCGAAUCUGCGGCACGGUCUCGAGCCCGGAGACAAGCGUAUACUGUGGAGUUGGAGUUGGAAUUGAACCAACUCACGGAAGAAAACAUGGAGCUGAAGAAAAUUGUGGAAGAAAAUGAUAAGAAAAGAAGGGAAGAGGUGAUGAACAGAAGCAUCCAAAUUACUAAAGAGAAGAAUGGAGACAAAUUAAGGAGGAUUCGCAGGUUGGCUAGUGCAGGGUGGUAG